UGAGCAUCGAAAAUGGCGGCCUAUCUAUGUUUGUGAACAAGGAAGUACCGUAUUGUACCAUAACGAUAUAUAUUCUUUCUUGAGUAUGGGAAACACAACUGUUGUAGCCAGUGGUGUAAAAAAUCAAGGGGAUGCUGAUGCUAGUAAGCUUUAUCGCCUUGUUGGUUUGAAAGGUGGGGGAGAGCUUGUAGAUUUAACAAAAGUAGCGAGGUGGACCAAAAAUUUUACUGGUAAGUGCAGUAGGUCAGUAAGUACUUUAAACUAAGUACUAAAUAAAAGAUAUAGAAGUACUACUACUAAAGAGUAAAGUCACUAAAAUAGUUAGUUAGUAGGGCUUAUUAGUCUAAGUAAUAGAAACACAGUAGUUAAGUAGAAUGUGUCCUAAAAAAAAAUUAAGUUUAGUUUAGUCAUUUAUUUGUAUUUAAUUAAUAAUUAAUAUAAAUGUAAUAUUAAUAAUAAAUUUAAUAAUAUACAUUUGAGAAUGAGAUGAAUUUAUAUUUGCAAUAAUCAAUAUUUCUUAAUUAUAAGCUAACUUAAAGUUAGUCAUUUAAACUUAAGCGACUAAAAAAAAACAUUUUAAAUUGAAAUGCUUUUUUAGUCGCUUAAACUUAACUUUUAAGUAUUAAAUCAAAGUUCAAGAUAGCAAUGCAUACAGUUACCUGGAAUUUAAAUGUAUUUACCAGAAUGUUGGCCAGAUCAUCGAUAUUUACCUUGUUAUAUCAUUUAUUAUAAUCAAUUAAUGGCACAUGAAAACCAGGAAUAAGCUUAUAUUUAACUGAUGGUUUAUGAUUAAUUAAUUACACCUACAGUGAUAAUCAAAAGACAUGAUCAAAUCAACAAAAUUAAUAGUUUAAGUUUCUUAACUAUGUCUUUCUUUUUAGAUCUGGAUGAGAGAAUAAAAAGAGAUGUAAAACCAUUUUUAUAUAAUGGAGGUGAAGGGAAAUAUAUUCCCAUUGUGGACCUUGUUAAAAUCAGAAACAAAGAUAGGCAAAAGAGUGGCAUCAAAGCAAGCAAAAACAAGCAGAAAUCAGCCCAAGAUCAGGCCAGAAUAGAUAACAUCAUGCAGAUGGAGCAUGAUCAAAUUGAUGGUAUUUUAUCAAAACAAGGUGCCAUAAUUAAGUUUAACUUUUUUUUUUCCCCUGAAAAACUCUUUUUUAGGUGGGGAUUAAUUCUUGUCACUUUCUAUGUAUAUUUUAUUUUUAGGAUGGAAACAAAAUCAUUACUUAAUUUAUAAUAUAAAUAAUUGAUCUGUGCAUGCUACCUUAUCAAUUUAACUGUUGAUUAGAAUUUGAAUUUUCUUCUGCUGUGUUUUUGACAGAAUCUAUCAGGAGCAUAGUUAUUUUAUUGGAUGCAUUUGUUAUCAUCACUACUACCUUCUAUGUUCUGAAAAAGCAAACAAAAAUAGUGCUAGGUGUUUGACCAUAGUAAAGUAAACAAGUGUAGUUAGUCAUUCUUUGAAUAUUUCAGAUCAUAAAUCUCGUUUCCAAUGCUGGGAUUUAGACAAGAGAGGUACAGUGGGGGAGACAAUUCUUCACCUCUGUCUGCUCAAUGCCACACAAAUUCAUGCUGAUCUGGCAAAGAGGCUACUCAUGUUCUUUCCAAAAAUGAUAAAUGAUAUUUAUGUUGGAGAAGAAUACUAUGGUAUUAAAUAUUUGUUCUUCUCAAGUUACAUUUAAAAUUUACUCAUUUAUAGGAAACUUAACUUUGAAAAAAAAAAUUAACAAUCUAUAAGAAAACCAAGAGUUUUUUUAUUGAGAAUAGCAAUUUAUUAGGGUGCAUAUCUAUCAACUUGUCAUGGCAAUGUUAAUGUGAUUACCAAGGCUAAUAAAAAGAAUCAGUUCAUUAUACCAGGAAUGAUACAAUACCCUUACAGUUACAGCCACAAUUUAUAACAAUAAUCUUUAGUUGUCCCAGACAAUGACAUGAACAAACCUGAACUGAAUCUUAAUAAAUCUUAUCUCCAUUCAUGAUAUCAGAGCAAACAGAGAGCAAAGUUUUAGUAAAUUAUAAACAUUUCAAGGAUCUUUAUUCAAGCCUUAAGCAAAUUUUCCUAAUCAAGCUUUACUUAUGAUGUAGUUAGAAAUGAGAUUUAUUGCACACUUGAACAGGGGAGAACAUCCUGCACAUUGCAAUUGUGAAUGAGGACCCUGCCAUGGUGAAAUUUCUUCUAGAUAAGGGUGUUGACUUCGAGGCUAGAGUUUGUGGGAAUUUCUUCACACCUGACGACCAAAAGGGUUCAAGGACAGAUUCUUUGGAUCAUGAAUGGGUCAAUGUUUGCACUGAAACUAAUUAUGAAGGGUAAGAUUUUUUAUAUUUCACUACAAGAUUAUAUUAAUUUUUUAACUACCAGAAGCAGUGUACUCAAAUUUCAUUCAGUGUAUGUUUGUGUUGUCAAACAGGUCUUUAUAUUUUGUUCAGAGACAUAGUCACAUUAGCUCUUGGCAGCUCACAGUCAAACUGACAUAACUUGAAUGAUCAUUUUUAUCAAACAGAAACAAUCAAGGCAAAAAUUCCUUGUCACAGACUCUCCUUAACCCAACAGACUGAAUGCCUACUUUUUCCUCCUUGAAAUGAAAACCUUAAUAUGUUUUCAAAAGAUAUUUCCAUCCCUCACAAUUUGAUGAUGAUUUAGACUUCACAGGAUGAAAUGUCAAGGCCAAGGAUUUUUCUUUAGGAGGAAUAUAUAUAUAUAUAUAAGCUGGCUCCCUAGGCAGCAAAUCUCCUCUCUCCACACCUCUAGUGAACCCAAGGGAACAUUGAGUGUGGUUGGUAAAGCUUGGCACCAGUGACAUCUCAGGAGUUGCAGGAAAUUUUAUUGAGUUAAUUAUCUUUCCACCUACAGGAUUCCAUCUCAGGCUUUGAAUUCAGAGUUUUCCUUCUCUUAAAGGCAUUCACAUCCAAGGUUGAGUCCCAUCUACCCAGGGUGCUGGUGAUGUUUUAUUGCUUGAUGAGGCUGUUGCUGGGGACUGAACUCCAGUCCACAAGCUUAGAAUUGACGCAAUUGUCAAAAUAUAUAUGUUGAGAUAUUACCACUUUCAGGGCUCAUCAUGAUGUUACCUUAUACUUUUGUUGUUAAUGUUCCCUUGUCUAAAAUUAAUUAUGUUGCAGUAGUGUGAUAGUGAUGAACCUGUCUUCUUUGGUAUCACAUCUCAUUGAUACACUCUGUGAUCAAGGCUAAUGUAGAUAAAUGAAAAAUGAAAGGGUUUAAUUAAUUUUAAAUAUUUCACUCAAAAGUGUUUACAAAAGGGAAAUAAUUUACUGAAUACCAUGCUAAAGGCUUACUGAUAACUGAACUCUUUCUAAUUAGAUUUUAGAACUAUGAUAUCUAAAGAGUCCGCUAAAUUUUGACUCUGUUGAGAGAUUUGCUGACAUUUUUAAUUUGAUCCUAUAUGUAAAUAGUGUAUUUCUGAUGCCCUCACAGAAAUGUCUACUGGGGAGAUUAUCCCCUGAGUUUUGCUGCCUGUCUCAAUCAAGAGGAAUGUGUCAGAUUGUUGCUGGCCAAGGGAGCCAACCCAAACUUGCAGGAUCUUAAUGGUAACACUGUGCUGCAUAUGCUGGUCAUUUAUGACAAUAUGGUGAGUUUUAAACCAGUUUAUGAAGUAGGAGACAUUGCAGAAACAUUGAAAGUAGAAAUUAAAGGAUUAAAUACACAAAUAAAAUGGUUUCCAUUGCCUUACAUACCCUGUGGAAUAUUGGUUGUCUAGCUCCAAUUGUUUACUUUACUAUGUUAAAAAACAUUGCAUUAUUUGUUUAUUUAUUUUUUCAAACUGAUUUUAAUAUUUGUAUUGUUUGUUAAUUCUUCACUGGCAUUUUUUUAAGAACUUGUUUCUGCAUAUCCUGUUCAUUGAAUAUUUAAUAUUCAUUUAAUCUAUUUUCACAUCUUGGAAGUGUUCAAAAUUUAUUUGCAGCCCAUUGCAAGUAUUUUAAUAUUUUUCUUUUUUUUUUUGUCGAAUGCUCUGGUUGUUCUAAACGACAUUUUUCUUUCAGCCAAUGUUUGACUUACUUCACAGCCAAGGGGCUCGAUUGGAUAUAAAGAAUAGACAAAAUUUAACCCCCCUUAGUCUGGCUGCAAAGCUUGCAAGAAAGGAUGUAAGUUCUCAAGGAAAAUAAAAUCAGCACAAUAUAAUAUAUCUUCUGUUCUUAAAUUUAUUUUCAAAUUUUAUGUCAUUGGUCAUUUAUUUAAAUUUAUAUACUGAAGUUUAACAAACACAAAACUCCCUCAUGAAAGUUAUGAUAAAAACUAAACGCUUCCUAGUUAUGACAAAAAAUAAAUGCCCCCAAGUUAUGAGACAGUUUUGUAUUAGAAAAAAAUUGUUGUUAUUUUAUUUGACCAGCAUGUAAUGCCCAAGGUAUUUAAAUGAAAGUGUGAGGUAGUGCAAGAUAUAAUUAUUUUAUUUGACCAACAUGUAAUGCCCAGGCUAUUAAAAUAACAGUGUGAGAUAGUGCAAGAUAUAAUUAUUUAAUGUCUAUUCAUUUCUGUGUUGCAGAUGUAUGAACACAUUUUGGAAAUUGUUAGAGAAGUUUACUGGCUUUAUGGUAAUGUUACUUCUGCUGGAUAUCCCUUAAAUGAUGUGGAUACAAUAUCCAGGACAGGAGAAAUUAAUAUGGAUUCUGCGCUUCACCUGAUUGUCAAAGGGGUAUUUCCUCUUGAAAAUUUGUGUAUAAUUUUUUCUUUAGAAAAAGAAUUUGUUUCAUAAUUUUGUAUUCAAUUGAAGGAACAUUUAUGGAGGGACUUAUAAGACUUCAGGAAUAGUCAAAGUAACAACCAGCCUAUAAAUAAACUGUGUGGUGGGAAUGAUGUGCCAGACAACUUAAGAGAGAUUAGAACUAUUUUUGUAGCCUUGCUCACUUCGGAUCUUCACAUUUCAGAACCUGGAAGGCCACCUGGAUAUGAUGGAUGGCUUGAUUGUAAAACUCUUGCAGGAAAAGUGGAGAACUUUUGUGGCUUUCAGGUACAGUUAUAAAUGUCUUAUACUGACUGCAUAACUAAAAAGUAUUACAUCAUUGGUUCCAUAUAGACAUAUAUGCCCUUUAAUGCGAGUUUUAUAAUUCAGGGGAUUUUAUAAAUUGCAGAGCUUAUCUCAAUUAUUGUAGGCCUUAUCUUGGAAGGAAAUUCAGUUACUAGGACUUUAAAUUAUGAGCAGCGCGCCACAGCACCAGUCCAUUACUUUUUACAGCUUUCAAGUUUAUGAAAUGUGCAUGUUCGUUUAUCCAGUUGUUUAAAAUUUCCCUUGAAAAUAUGCUCAAAGUCAAAGAGACAAAUUACAAUGAAACAUUUGAAAUUUAAAACCAAAUGAGGAUGAAGUGUAUGCACAAUUAUAUUAGUAAGAUUGUGUGAAAUUACAGCAAUGGAAAUUACAAGCUUUACUAAAUGUUUGAAACACCCCCCCCCCCCCCCCCCCUUAUCCUGUUCAUUUGUUAUUUCCUGUGUUUCGUCACGGCAUUUGCUCUCCGACCUGGUGAGAACCCAUGCCUGUCUACUAAGAACACAACUAAUCCCCGCAGCUUCUGUAACAACUCUGGGUCCAAUAGAUUUGAUGAUCCCUGUUACCUCCUUGUGCCAUUUAGGACAGAAGACAUUGUAAGUUGAGGGCAAGUCAAAGAAGAAGAAAAGAAGAUUAUUAAAAAUUAAUUUGUUUUUGAUGAUACUUCGACUUGUAAAUUAAAACAUUAAUACUAUGGUUUGUUUUCCCAUCGCAGGCGCGGAUGGUUCUAGAAGUGAUUGUGUUAAUCUCUGCCAUAAUUUACAUCUUCUUGGCCAUGAAGGAGAUCUACCACCAGGGAUUCAAGGUUUUUUUCUCCACACUGGUAGGUCAUGACGUAUACAACAACCUUAACCAUGAUGCACUGGUAGGUCAUGACGUAUACAACAAUCUUUAGCCUUGAUACUCUGGUAGGUCAUGAUGUAUACAACACUCUUUAGCCAUGAUACACUGGUAGGUCAUGACGUAUACAACAAUCUUUAGCCCUGAUACACUGGUAGGUCAUGACGUAUACAACAAUCUUUAGCUAUGAUACACUGGUAGGUCAUGACAUAUACAACAAUCUUUAGCCAUGAUACUUUGGUAGGUCAUGACGUAUACAACAAUCUUUAGCUAUGAUACACUGGUAGGUCAUGAAAAUAUACAGCAAUCUUACACAUAACAAACUGAUGGGUCAUGAUAUACAAUGAUAAUACAACAAUACAUAAUUAAAUAAUCAUUGGUGACAAGAUUAAUAAAAACAAUUUUUGUUUAAUUUUCAAGCUUGACUAGAAUGUAAAAGAGCAAAGGUGAGAGUAAGAGAUUGCUCUUACUUUAGAAAGUAAAAGAGCAAAGCUAAGAGUAAGAGAUUGCUAUUACUUUUGAAAGUAACAUACCAAAGAUAGGAGUAAGAGAUUACUCUUACUUUAGGAAGUAACAUACCAAACAUAAGAGUAAGAGAUUGCUCUUACUUUAGAAAGUAACAUACCAGAGCUAAGAGUGAGAGAUCACUCUUACUUUAGAAAGUAACAUACCAAAGAUAAGAGUAAGAGAUUGCUCUUACUUUAGAAAGUAACAUACCAAAGAUAAGAGUAAGAGAUUGCUCUUACUUUAGAAAGUAACAUACCAAAGAUAAGAGUAAGAGAUUGCUCUUACUAUAGAAAGUAACAUACCAAAGAUAAGAGUAAGAGAAUGCUCUUACUUUAGAAAGUAACAUACCAAAGAUAAGAGUGAAAGAUUGCUCUUACUUUAGAAAGUAACAUACCAAAGAUAAGAGUAAGAGAUUGCUCUUACUUUAGAAAGUAACAUACCAAAGAUAAGAGUGAAAGAUUGCUCUUACUUUAGAAAGUAACAUACCAAAGAUAAGAGUAAGAGAUUGCUCUUACUUUAGAAAGUAACAUACCAAAGAUAAGAGUGAAAGAUUGCUCUUACUUUAGAAAGUAACAUACCAAAGAUAAGAGUGAAAGAUUGCUCUUACUUUAGAAAGUAACAUACCAAAGAUAAGAGUGAAAGAUUGCUCUUACUUUAGAAAGUAACAUACCAAAGAUAAGAGUGAAAGAUUGCUCUUACUUUAGAAAGUAACAUACCAAAGAUAAGAGUGAAAGAUUGCUCUUACUUUAGAAAGUAACAUACCAAAGAUAAGAGUGAAAGAUUGCUCUUACUUUAGAAAGUAACAUACCAAAGAUAAGAGUGAAAGAUUGCUCUUACUUUAGAAAGUAACAUACCAAAGAUAAGAGUGAAAGAUUGCUCUUACUUUAGAAAGUAACAUACCAAAGAUAAGAGUGAAAGAUUGCUCUUACUUUAGAAAGUAACAUACCAAAGAUAAGAGUGAAAGAUUGCUCUUACUUUAGAAAGUAACAUACCAAAGAUAAGAGUGAAAGAUUGCUCUUACUUUAGAAAGUAACAUACCAAAGAUAAGAGUGAAAGAUUGCUCUUACUUUAGAAAGUAACAUACCAAAGAUAAGAGUGAAAGAUUGCUCUUACUUUAGAAAGUAACAUACCAAAGAUAAGAGUGAAAGAUUGCUCUUACUUUAGAAAGUAACAUACCAAAGAUAAGAGUGAAAGAUUGCUCUUACUUUAGAAAGUAACAUACCAAAGAUAAGAGUGAAAGAUUGCUCUUACUUUAGAAAGUAACAUACCAAAGAUAAGAGUGAAAGAUUGCUCUUACUUUAUAAAGUAACAUACCAAAGAUAAGAGUGAAAGAUUGCUCUUACUUUAUAAAGUAACAUACCAAAGAUAAGAGUGAAAGAUUGCUCUUACUUUAGAAAGUAACAUACCAAAGAUAAGAGUAAGAUAUUGCUCUUACUUUAGAAAGUAACAUACCAAAGAUAAGAGUAAGAGAUUGCUCUUACUUUAGAAAGUAGCAUACCAAAGAUAAGAGUAAGGGAUUGCUCUUACUUUAGAAAGUAACACCAAAGAUAAGAGUUACAGAUUGCUCUUACUAUAGAAAGUAACAUACCAAAGAUAAGAGUAAGAGAUUGCUCUUACUUUAGAAAGUAACAUACCAAAGAUAAGAGUAAGAGAUUGCUCUUAGUUUAGAAAGUAACAUACCAAAGAUAAGAGUGAAAGAUUGCUCUUACUUUAGAAAGUAACAUACCAAGAUAAGAGUGAAAGAUUGCUCUUACUUUAGAAAGUAACAUACCAAAGAUAAGAGUGAAAGAUUGCUCUUACUUUAGAAAGUAACAUACCAAAGAUAAGAGUAAAAGAUUGCUCUUUCUUUAGAAAGUACCAUACCAAAGAUAAGAGUGAAAGAUUGCUCUUACUUUAGAAAGUAACAUACCAAAGAUAAGAGUAAAAGAUUGCUCUUACUUUAGAAAGUAACAUACCAAAGAUAAGAGUGAAAGAUUGCUCUUACUUUAGAAAGUAACAUACCAAAGAUAAGAGUGAAAGAUUGCUCUUACUUUAGAAAGUAACAUACCAAAGAUAAGAGUGAAAGAUUGCUCUUACUUUAGAAAGUAACAUACCAAAGAUAAGAGUGAAAGAUUGCUCUUACUUUAGAAAGUAACAUACCAUAGAUAAGAGUGAAAGAUUGCUCUUACUUUAGAAAGUAACAUACCAAAGAUAAGAGUAAAAGAUUGCUCUUAAUUUGCUCACACAAAAAAUAUAUUUCAAUAGGUUUAUGUUUUGUAAUUUUUGUUUGUUUCUCAGACUGGGGCCCCAGCUAAAACUUUGUUCCUGAUGUCUUGUAUUUUUGUCAUCAUCAUGCUGCCUGGCCGAGCUGCCUGCGCCCACCAGUUUGAGGAUGUCAUUGGAGUUUUGGCUGUUCUAUGCACGUCCCCGUACUUCCUCUUCUUUUGUCGGUGAGCAACUUUUCUUAAUGUGUGAUUUAUUUGUUUUGAAUUAAAAGCCUGAACACCCACCAGAUUGUCUCCUCUUUGGUCUUCAGAUUGUCUCCUCUUUGGUCUUCAGAUUGUCUCCUCUUUGGUCUUCAGAUUGUCUCCUCUUUGAUAUUUAGAUUGUCUCCUCUUUGAUCUUUAGAUUGUCUUCUCCUUAGUCUUCAGAUUGUCUCUCCUCAUUUGGUCUUCAGAUUGUCUCCUUUUUUAUCUUUAGUUGUCUCCUCAUUUGGUCAUCAGAUUCUCUCCUCUUUGAUCUUUAAAUUGUCUUCUCUUUGGUCUUCAGAUUGUCUCCUCUUUGAUCUUUAGAUUGUCUUCUCUUUGGUCUCAGAUUGUCUCCUCAUUUGGUCUUCAGAUUGUCUUCUCUUUGUUUUUUUCUUUUUGAUGAAAUAAAUUUUUAGACAACAUUUUUAUUUGGAGUCAGUUUCAGCUCAAAUAGAUAACAUGUUAAAGCUACAAAUUUUUUUUUUUUUUUUUAUACUCAUUUUUAUGGGGUAAUUACGCUUUUUUAUUUUUNAACAAUAUCUAUGUCUGAAAAUGUUAACAAAAGUUUAACCUCCUCCCCAGUGGUUUUCGUAUUGUUGGCCCAUCAGUUGUCAUGAUUUACAACAUGAUCCGUAAAGACUUGUUUCAAUUCUUUAUCAUCUAUGUGGUUUUUAUCAUUGGAUUCUCACAAGGUAACAUCUCUUGAUUAGCUCAUUAGAUAUUAAUAAUUCAGCAGCCCUAGCCCUGAUAGAUUUUUAAUAUUGACAAAAUAUAAAAAUCUUUAUAAAUAAUGAAUCAAUAUUAAAUAAUACUGCAGUCUUUUAAAUUUUUUUUUUUUAAAUUUGUAACAAUUAUUUAUUUACCAACCAUUAAAGUGUUGAAUAACUUUCAUUUAAAAUCCACAGUAACAUUUGGGUACUUUUAGGUAAAAAAAAAAAAGAUAUCUCUGGAGUAUUUAAACCAAUGUGGCUAAAAUAUAGAAUAAAUCAUGUGAGAGGAAUAACAUUCAACAGUCCCCUCACUGAGUAGCCCUUGCAACCAGCAAGAUGUCCUCGUCUAAAUGGUCUAAACUGUCUCAAACCAAAUAGCCGGUGGGCCGGAGUUCAAUCCCCAUCAAAGCCAACAUCCCAAGCACCCCGGGUGGAUGGGGCUCGUUAGCCUUGGACGGCAACCCAUCUAAGAGAAGGCAAACUCUGAAUUAAAACCGGGAGCCAUAAUGAUCAACAAAUUGAUUGUGGGCCCCUCAAAUAUAAGAAGAAGAAAACCAGGCACAGAAACAUUGCAAAUCCCCCUCUACAUGCAGAGAAGCCAGAAUGAUCAAUAAAUUGAUUGUGGGCCCUUAUAUAUAGGAGAAGAACAAUUAAGCCAGCAUGAUGAUUAGUCUUAUUAACCCUUAAGGGAUAGCAAAAAUUAAAUUUGCGCAUAUUAUUUAUAAAGUUAUUAUGCUUGAGAUGAUUAGUUGUUUAAUUAUUUUUUUUUAACGUUAUUUGUUUGUGAUACAAAACAAAUUUAUGAUUUUGGAUGUGAAAAGUUUAUCUUUUCAAAUUUUCUGUACAGCAUUUUCAUGAAAUAUGGCAUUUUAAAUAAAUGAAUGGCCUUCCUUUGCCUCGCUUGUGUUCAGUUCUGACAUAGGGCUACACUGUUGCAUCUAAAUGCAUGUUUACCAAUAGCAAAAUGGACUUCUCUAUUUCUCAAGCAUGCAUCUUUUUUAAAAUAAUCUGAUGUAUUUCAGCCAUGUUUCUGUUAAAUAAGGAAGUUGAAGACAGUGCAUUCAGAAGCCCAGAGGAUGCAGUCAUGGCAAUGAUUGUUAUGUCCCUUGGACAGUUUGCAGAUUUUUACAGCACGUUUGAGUCAACUCCUGCCCCAGGCCUUGCUAAAGUAGGCCAGCCAAAGAAUAGUGGAUUUUUUUUUCUUUUGUUGUUUUGAUGUUAUUCUCUUUUGCUUUGUUAAUCUCUCAUGGGUUUGAGCAUUUGUUGCAUCAACAAAUCUAUCAAAUCUGCUUAGUCACUUUUAAUGUACACCCUCACUCGGCUUUCAAUUUUUCCAAAACUGUGCUAGUUUUGCUAGUUACUUUAUAUAUUUUUUAUAUAUUUUGUUAAUGAUGUUUAAACUGGGUGCUGUAGUUAGUUCAUUUAUUUGUGUAGAAGAUGGUUAGAUCUGUGUGAAAUCAGUGGCCUAGCUAGGGUUAGUGCCGCCCAAGGUGUGUCAAGUUGUGCCUCCCGCUUCCACAAAAAAAAAACUCAAAAGCUUGGCUUACCCUCCAUAUAAAGAAAAAAAUUGCCACUGAGGUUUGCCAGCCCCCCUCCCCUCCCCUUACUUUCUAUGCCACUGUGUAGAAGAUGUUUAGACACAAACUCUAGGUGUAAAGAAGCGAGGUAAAGCUUAGAAAAGCAUAGAAAUAAUGUCAAAGUUAAAAGAUAAAAAUAACAUUACCCUUUUCUUGCAUUGGCCUCCGUGCCUUCUCAUAGGCAAACGUUUGUACAUUUAUAAGUGUCGGCCAGAAGCAUCCUUGGCAGUGCCUUCUCCAGACCUACAGUUUGUGUCAUUUUUUCGCCUCCUUAAUAAUAAUUUUUAGUCAGCGAUCUAUAUUUUCUUAUUCUUUAGUCACUGUUCUCCUUGAGCACACUGUAAAAUCUCUGCACAUUUUUCAGUGUGCUGAACUAUUUGUUCUAGAUGUGUACUGGGUUUGUGGUUGUAUUAUAUUAAUAUCCUUAUUGUGUUAUUGCCAAAUGACAACCAUAUAUUUUCAGCAUUGUUUCCAAGUUACUUAUGAAAAUUAUCAAGCAUCCUAAAUCAUUCAUUGUUUUGCACUCUGUCUAGUUGAACCUUGACAAUAUUUAAUGCACACCAAUCAACUGCCCAACCCAAAGCAAUGUCAUCUUACUCACAGAUUUAGUAUCUGGUCACCUUUACACAAAGCUUCUUGAAAUAUUUUUCUGUUUUAAUUUUAGAAGUACAUUUGUCAGAAGAAUUAGACAAUUUCUACAAAUAUAAUUUUGGGGAUUUUAAUCCAUUUUGAUGAAAUGAGUUUUGAUUAAAAUUCUAUUACAAAGGAUUUCGACGUUCCUAGUGAUAGAGUUGGACAAGUGGGCGCAUGCCUUCCCCCCCACCACCCACCCCCAAUACUUUUUUACUGCUAGAAAAUAAAGAUAUAGAGGAGACAUCCAAGAAUUAAACAACCUGUAGCUGAUGGUGCCAGAUGGUAAUUUUUACAUGGAUUCUACUCUCCCGUGAUUUAAGGCAACUGUUAAAAUAUUUCAAAUUAAAGCUGAACAGUUCAAUUGGAAUUGAACGUUUAGUAUUGCAUUAAUAAGUAGAGUAUGUUGUUUGUUUUCCUUCCCAGCUGUUCAUAUUCCCUUCCAUACACUGGAAUACGUGGACCAUAGCCAAUGCAAAUGCAAUAAAACGGAACUUGUGUUUAAAAACCCUCUUGAAGCAAUUCUCGCCAUGUUUUCAAUGUCUGUUGGUGAUUUUGAUGAUCUGUCCUCAAAUUUUAACUGUUUGAAUUCUCCAUUUAAAGGACUUAUAAAAGUGAGUGACAAUACAAUUGAUUUACAAUAAAUCUAGUAAUGUACUAGUAAUAAAAAGCCCAAUAUUUAUAGUCUAUCACUAAUUGAUGCUAUAGUGUUUUAUCAAUAAAUAGCUGUAGAAUCAUGGAGGAAUUUAUUUAAUGUUCUGCCUAUUUAUCAAAGAAACAUAAUGUACAGUUAAUCUGGGCUCUCAUUUAUAAAUCCACUAUGUGUAUACAAUUUAAAUACUUUAAUUUAGACUGCCCUGAUUAUUUUUAUGUGCUCUACAGCCCUAAUAAGGCUCUGGUCUGCUGUGCCUCAAAAAUUUACUUUGAGAUAUUAGAAUGCAGUUUUUCCCUGUCCUGUUAUAUAUUUCUUAUAUCAACUAAUUAUGGCUUCAACAUUUGUGUUUAAGUUGCUGAAAAUUUGUUUGUGAUGUAAUUAUCUUUUCAUGAUUUAACCCAUUUCUUUAAAUUAGACCAAAUAACUUAAAUAAAUGCCCUGUCUUUGGCUUGUUGACAGAUUGAAGGUAAACUCGCGGCUCAUGCUUGCUUCAAUCAGCCAACCAUAGCAGUCAAUGCUCAGAUUAUGUCUAGGUUUUUUUGUUUUUUAUCAAACUACUUGGAGGCUUAUUCAUUCAUUAAGAAAUGUGCCACCUGGUUGAAGAAUCAUCAGUACCUUUAGGUGGUAUAGAGACCAUAGAACACAGGAUCCCCCCCCCCUUCCAAUACAUCACUGCUUUCUAUUUAUAUUGUAAAUAACUAGGAUAAGUAUAGUUCCAUGCUCAACUGAUUUUUUGUAAUAUACUACAGGCAUUUGUUAGUGAUUUUUAAAAAUUGUUCUGAGUAGUUAUAUUCUCUACUUAUCAACGAAUAUCCAACAAAAUGAAUAUCCAGGCAAAAUGAAUAUCCAGGGAAGUGAGCGUGUAAAAAAUUGUGUUGUACUGUACUAGCCAAGAAUUUUUUUACUGAUAUAAAUUUAACUUAUCCUGAGAAAAAAUAUGGGGGUCACUGCCCAUCAAUUAAAGUGUAUCUGGUUAGGAAAUAAGUAAUUAGAGUAAGUCCCUGGGUUCUAAUUUGUACCAAAAAAAAUGUUCAUGUUUAUUUUAUGUAAUUUUUAAAAUAAAAAUUAACAUUAUCUCGUGACAAAUUAUCUUGCACCUAGCCAUUGGCAACAUUGCAGUUUAAUUUAAUAAUAAUCCUAAUGAUCUUUAGUUUGCUAUAUUAUCGAUCUAAAAAUUGACUAACAUGAUUGGGUUUUUUAAAUCUCUAUCUCAGCUUCUUAAAAUUUUGCACCAUUUCUAAAAAAAAAUAAAGAUAAACAGAUAAUUUUAGUUAGGGAUUUUGAUUGCAGAAACUUAUUAUUUCCCUAAUUUUAAUUCUUUAAACUCUUUUAGAUGAAUUUAAAUAGAUUUUUUUUUAACACCCCCACCCCUCCCUUUUUCCCGCCAAUUUUUUUAAAGAUUUAUUCUUCUUGAUAGGGGAUAAAUGUCCACUUAAGCUAUGAAAAAGUUUUCUCUAAUUAAUAUUAAGAGGAUAAAAACUAUUUCUCAGAAAAAAUAUAUUUAUCAUGAAUGAUAUUGACUUAAUAAAAGUAUUUCUCAUGAACGAGUAUAACAGGCCAAAACUAUUACUCAGAAACCAUACAUUUCACAGAAAUUAUAUUGAGCUAAUAAAAGUAUUUCUCAUAAAUGAUCUUGAGUUAAUAAAAAUACUUCUUAUGAAUGAUAUUUGAGAGGUUUCCAUUUUAGGUGAUCUUUGUUGUGUACAUGAUCAUGGUCACCCUUCUACUGGUCAACAUGUUGAUUGCUAUGAUGGGCCGGACCUACGAGGAAGUGACGAACACACAAAAGGAAUGGUUUAGACAGGUCAGGUAGCCAGUGACGUAUUUGUCGUAAAGUUGGGAUAUCGACCUAGAAAUUAACCCCACAAUACAGUGACUAUGAUCAUUUCAAAGAAGACAUUUCGAAGACAUUGAACUCAAUUUUAACUUUUAAGUUGCUCUUAAAUUUGAAGAAGUUUUGGAAUUUCCACAAGGUUUUCAAAUUAAAUAUUUCAUGAUUAUUGUAAUACUUGUGCACAUGUCAAUGUUGGCAGUGCAUAAUAAUGGGUUUAUUUUAUGUGAUUGUCUUUACAGUGGGCCAACAUUGUGCUGGUUGUGGAACAAACUGUCACGACAGAGUGUCGAAGAGAACAGAUGAUCAAGUACUCGGUACCGUUUGGUGACAAUGAAAGAGCACUAAUGAUUCGCUGGCACCAAACGGUGAGUUACAGAGUCAGUCCUGGGGAAUGUCUACAUAGUAUUUUUUUUAGUUAAAAAUCAGGAAGCGGAAUGGAUGGUUGUUAGGGAUAGAGGCAGAAGUGACAGCAGGAUGUAUGAGAUAAGCACUGAUUUAUCUUAUUUUUUUUUACUGAGGACUUGGAAGCUUUUUUGUGUGUAAUUUGAGAAUCAUUGUUGGGGACAGCAUAGGGGGUUUAAAGUUACCUCAUCUUUAAAUAAAGGCUGAGGUGGUUUUUUUUGUGUUUUUUGGUGUUGUUUUGGUGUUUUUUUUUGUGUUUUUGGUGUUUUUUUGUGUUUUUGGUGUUUUUUGGUGUUUUGGUGUUUUUUGGUGUUUUUUUUUGUUUUUUGUGUUUUUAGUGUUUUGGUGUUUUUUUGUUGUUUUUUUUUGUUUACCCUGGUUCCUCCUCCUCCCCAUAAAUAACUCUGUUCCUGGUCUGCUCCGCAAUGUCACUGCCAGACUCAGGAAUAUUUUAUAGUAACCCUAUUUGAAAACAUCAAGCCAGCUCCAAUUUGAUGAUAAGAUUCAAAUCUUCACGUUUGUUAAGCCAGAGCCGCUAACUAGUCUGGUAGGGACAUAAAACUCACUUACUUUUAGGUUUCUAACAGAGUCUUGAAUUAAUUAAUGCAAUGAACUUUUGUUUUGACAGGAAAAAGAAAGAGAGGAGCUGAAGAUCAUCAGGAACAAGAACAAAAUUUCCCAGAAAGCCAUGGCCUCCCAAAAGGCCAAAGAGCGACGGUUGAGCAUCCGUAAGAUGACGCCCCAUGCUGAAAUUUCUAUCAGAAAUGCAGAGAACGGCCAUUUCAAUAUUUAACUUUAUGUUCAUUCAUUUUAAAAAAAAAAGCUAAAUUAAUGCCCACUUACGUUCAUUGGUCCAUUCAUAAACAGUUGAAGUAAUGUACACUCUGUUGAUGGAAGUUACAGUGUUACUGAAGUAUUAUUUUCCCCCAAAGUAAAUGAGCAACGAAUGGAGACAAUGUUUCUAAUAUAUAAAUAUAUCUUAUUUUCUGACUACUUUAUUCUACACUGUGUGUGAUGCAUGAAAUGUUUGGUCUUCUCCCUACCUCGUCUCCCUCAAUAUUUUUUAUUCAGCACAUUUUCUAACAAUUUAUUAUUAUUUUCACUCACAGUCACAGUAGAUCUUUAUUCCUUAUUACAGAUCAUGUUUCACUCUCAGUUCACAGUAGAUCUUUAUUCCUUGAAACAGAUCAUGUUUCACUCUCAAUUUACAUGAGAUCUUUAUUUCUUAAUAAAGAUUAUGUUACACUCUCAAGUACAAUUAAUUUGAUUCAUUAAUAGGUGGGGUGUGGGGCAGAAAGGAAGAUACAGAAGCUUAGAGACAUUUUUUUCAAUGCUAGUAAAUAUUCUGAACUAUCAACUAUGGAGUCAAUUGAAGGGUUCCAUAAUCAACAUUGCACUUUGCCACUAAAACCUGUCAUUCAAUUGAAAUUGUUCAAGUCCAUGGUCAAUCCUGCUUGUAUCAACACUUAUUACUUUUGUAUUCCUGAUUUUAUCAAAAUGAUUCAAGUAUUUUAACCAGGCAGCUAGAAAUUUGCCUGUAAAAAAUUUAAUCUUAAAACUAAAAAUUACACUUUUUGAUUAUAUUGUUUUAAUCUAGAAAGAAAACAAAUAAAAUAAGAACAUUUUUAUAACAUUUAAAAUAGGUGAACACAUGCCAUGGACUUGUAAUUACAUGUUGAAACAUUACUUCCCUUUUUUUUAAUUUUUCAAUGUUCAAUUAAUGGUUUCUUUCUUACUUUUCUUUUUUUUUCUAUUUUUUUUUCUAAAUAUUUUCAACUUGUGCAGAUUCACAUGUGAGUACUGGAUUUAAUAUUAUUAACCAUGUAAUACUUCCUGCCGUGUCAGAGGAUCUUCCCUGAAAAAUAGAAUACUGCCAAUGAUGAUACUUUAUUAUCAUAUAUUUAUUAAAAAACACUCUUCGUAACUAUAUAUAGAUAGCAUUUUAAAGUGGUUAUCUUAAUAAUUCAAUACUAAGCCAGGCUAUAAACUUGAUACGACAUUAAUGUACACAUAAAUCAGUGUCAUCCAAUGUAUAAAUCAAUAUUACACAUCAAUAAAUUUACAGAUGAAUCAAUGUACACUUAACAUAACUGCUAACUCACAAGUUCAAUUUAGAAUGACACAAAUUUUUUUUUAAAAAGUUUUACUAGUUGAUUCUUUACGUCAGCGGUUCUCAACCUGUGGGUCACGACCAUAGGAAAACACAUAUUUAUGAAGUAAUAAUGAAACUAAUUUUAUGGUUGGGGUCACAACAAGAUGAGGAACUAUAUUAAAGGGUCGCAGCAUUAGGAAGGUUGAGAACCACUGCUUUACUUACUUAAUUUUGUCUUGUAACCACUUUGAAAUAAAAGCUGUCCAAAUGCUGUUGAAAAAUUUCCUGUUCCAUAUCUGCCUAAGUUGCUCCACCCUAUCCCUAUCUGUACCAACUAUUUUCCUAUAAUGUGUUCACCUUCCUCCAGUGCCCAUAUACUUUGUUGUUGUACUUUUUGUGUCAUUGCACUUUUUGACCUCUGGCCAGAACAGUAAGAGCAGUGAAUGCCCUUGUUGUUUUCUAAGACCCACAACCAUUCUAAUAUGGACAACCCUUCCUAUCCUUGUCAUCAUGUCCAUGUUUCUUGUUCCAAAUUUUAUGUUGUCUUUUAAGGUCCAUGAAUAAUCUUGUCAUGUCUUGACACGUCACAAUAUUUAUUGCAUUAUGUUUCAAAUAAAUAUCACAGUUGUUUUUCACUUUAUAGCUUAGCUAUCACAGUUGUUUUCCACUUUACAGCUUAUCUUUCACAGUUGUCUUUCACUUUAUAGCUUACCUCUCAUCUACUAAAAAACCCCAUUUCAAAAUUAUUUGCUCAUUUUAAUAUCUCAAAUAUUUUUGUUGUUAAAGCUUUAUGUUUUUUAUUUGCAUGAAAUUAAGACUGUCAGUCUUGAUCUUUAUAAAGAAAACAUAUUCAUGUGAUUAUUCUGCUUAACCUUAUAUGUUUUUGUACUCAUGUCCCAGCAACUGUACAUCCCAAGCUUUAUUCAUUGAUGUAUUUCCAUUGGAUUUUUGUUACAUGUGAUUUAUAAAAUGUAAAACAUUAAGGAAUUCUUUAAUCAAUCAUUUUCAUUAAAAGAUAUAUUGGCAGAGAAAAAUAUAAUGGAAUAUUAUUAACUAGAAGUAACCCACCAAACAAUGGGAGAGGCAAUGCAUGAACUUGCCCAUCUACUCAAGCUACUUGACAAAAAAUGCAUUCAAGUAUCACACUUUAUAAGAAUCCCAAAUAGUGCUUACUUCUGUGAAAUUUAUUAUACUAAACUCAUUUCUAAUUUAUUUAUUAUAACUACUUACAAAUUAAAUAAUUUGUAAAUUUACAUAUAGGCCUAGGCCUAACCAUAUUUAUUUUGCUACAUUUAAAUUGUUUCGAUUUCUGUUUUUUUUUUUUAAAUAUCACUAUCAGUGGUUUUAAGAAUCCCAUUUUUUAUAGUAAUUUUCACACUUUUAACAGAGUCAUACAAUAUAAAUAUCUAGAGAAUCAUAUUUUGUGCUUAAAUCAAAUAUACUGAUCACUGGUACCUCGAUUUUACACCUAACAGUUCAAGGCACUUACUUUUCUUUUCACACAUCAAUGAAAAAAAAUGUACCAGCUUUUAUCAUUAUUAAAAGAGAAUAAUUAACUAAAAUGGCAUAAUAAUAAUGGGGAUUAAACGAAACUGAAAUCCUCCUUAACAAAUUUGUUAAAGCGCAACCAUUUUCAGAAACAUCAGGGGUAAGAACACAAAGUGAAUUGAUUUAAAAUGACAUGACCAGAUUUUGAAAUGGUUGUAAUUUUUAGGUUAGUGUAAUUAUUAACAAACCAAAUUAAAUGUAGAUCAUUUUUUUAAGUAUUUAAUUGUAUCUGUAGAAAAUUUAACAUUUGAAGUCAUUGAUAUUAUUAAUGUUGCAUUAUCAAUUUAAAGUUGCAGUACUGUUUUUUUUGUGUUUUUUUUUUUAAUGAACUGACAGUUUUAACUAAAUACAGAUGACUACAUUCCAUCUAUGAAAAUAUCACACAUCAUUAAGAAAAGAAAUUUUUUAAAUUUAUAUUUUGCAUACAAUUUAACAAAAAUAUGUAAUAUUGAAAAAGGGAUAAUAUUACAAACUAAGACAGAAAUGAAAUAGUAAUUUUUACAUUAGUGUUAGCAUGGCUUUAUUUCCAUUUGUAUUUUACCCUUAUCAUCAUGCUGCAAUAAUUUCUAUACACAAUAAGUUGUUAUUUCUUGUAUAAACAGCUUUAUUUCCCUAACUUGAAAAUUAUUGAUUUUUGGUUUUAAAUAAUUAUUUAGGUAAGAUUAGUUAAGAUCAGAACAAGAUUGAGUUGUAAAGACAUAAAUUAACCUUAUCCAACUCAUCAGAUGACCAGAAAUUUUGUUUAGAACUUUAUAUAAUUCAACAGGUAAAUUCAACGGAGCAAUUCAAUCAGUAACAUAUUUCAAUGUAUGGUUAAAAAUAUGUUAUAUGUUAAAGGAUCAACCUUUAAAGUGGUUUUUAUAUUAAGAAGUAUGUUAACAUUGAUAGAGUUCAAUGUGUUAGAAUGGCUGCUCAUUACUAUCAUACACAUUGUAUAAAUAAUGUUUAGAUUUUUUAAAUUAAUAUUUUUACUUAAUUACUAUCCUAAUGUCUCAUUUUUAUUGUAGUUAGUUUACAUGUUUUUAUAAUUGUAAAGCGCUUAGAGCUUUAAGGUAAGCGCUAUAUAAAAAUGCCUAAAUAAAUAAAUAAAUAAAUAAAUUAGAAUUGAUAAAUUUUGACAGCCACAUAAAUUGAAAAAAAAAAUUGUAUAUACUGUUUUAAUUUUUACUUCAUAUAGACUAUCUGAUUUUGAAAGUUAUGUGUGAUAAUCAUUUUUGAAUCUAGUCAGCUAAUGUUUAAAUAAAAUAAGUAUUUUUUAAAAUCUAUAUAUAAAUCUACAAGUGCUACAAUGUAUUAACCUUUAUAUGCUCUAUCCAAGUUUCUGACACAGUGCCACAUUUUAUUUUAUUUUUUUCUUUUUAAAUUAAUUUUUACCACCGUUUAUUUUAACUUGGGUGUUAAAAUCAUUCAAGUUCAGCUCAUAAGCACAGAGCUGUGGUUCUCAAGACCUUAUUUAUUAACAUGUUUCUUUUUUUUUUUAAAAAAUGGUCCUGGUAAAUAAAUACCAAAUUUUUUUUAAUGUUUCGAAAUCUUUGUGAUUAUUUUUAUUCACAACUUUCAUCUCUGGCCAUAACCAGCAAAAUAAGGAAGAUAAUCCUGAGACUGUUGCACAGCAAGGUGAACAACUUCACAUUUUGAACCAGCAACCUGAGGUCGAUAGUUCUGAGACCCUUGCCCGGCAUGACGAACAAGAUGAUAUUUUAAACAUGUAUGAAAAGAUGGCCACACUACGGCCCAUACCUCAGUGAUGGAGCAUAACCCAGACCUCAGUGAUGGAGCCUUUUUUCAUUUCACUUAUUUAUAGUUGCAAUUUUCUUCAUGACUCAUAUAUAUUAUAUGCUUGAUGUAACAUAUUCAUCCAAUGGGCAUUUUAUGAUUGACCGUCCAAUAGCUUAAAAAAUAGCAAUCUCAUUCACAAAAUUAAGAUCAGAUCCCAAUUUACAUUGUAGCUGUUUCCUGAGCAUUCCAUAUAAAAAUUCUAAAUUAUUGAAUAACUAAAUGUUAAGGAGUCUCUCCAACCAAGAAUCUUAACUAACUAAGUCCUCUGUUUUUACUUUGCAGUACUAGACCAUAAUUCUGUGUACAAAAAAAAAAAAAAAAGAAAAACUCCAGGUAUACAAUAAAUAAUAUAAAAAUUCUAAAUUAUUGAAAAACUAAAUUUUAAGGAGUCUCUCCAACCAAGAAUCUUAACUAACUAAGUCCUCUGUUUUUACUUUGCAGUACUAGACCAUAAUUCUGUGUACAAAAAAAAAAAAAAAGAAAAACUCCAGGUAUACAAUAAAUAACCUGUAGCCACCAUCUUACAUAUCUUGUUCUACAUUUGCAUAUCCAAUUUGCUAAUGUGAUGCUGCUAGGUUUCUUAAGUUUUGUGUUGCAGAGACGUUAUUCAUUGUGGGACAGGAAUAAGCUAAUUAUUUUUAAUAUGCUUCUGUACAUGUGCAUUUAUCUUGUGCAUGUAAAAUAAAUAUUUUUCUCAAAGGAUCUUUGGCUGCAGUCAAUAAGUACAUC